UAAAAUCCAGUGAUAUUAUUGACAACAGGAAAUACAUAUUUAUAUACAAGUAGAAGGUGUUAUCAAAACGAUAUGGUUCUCUGGAGCCAAUUAUUUUCAGCAUUUCCAAACCUAAGGUCCUAAGCCCAGUUUGAAGUCUUGUUUGAUGUCGACGAACCUCGUUAGUUACCAAUCCAGUUAAUCGCCUCUGUUUGAUUCCCAUGCUUGCCUACUCAUGUCCAACACACACACUUCAUUGCUUCAUUAUUGUUUUAAUUGUAUAUCUAUUUCUGAGUACCGUUACCCUACAACUUAUCUACAUACGAGUGUCUUCGCACAUAAUCAUUUCCUUUUCUCAAGACAAUCGAAUUAAAAAUUCCACAAAAUAAAAUAAAAUGUUUACCGAUUUACAUACAAAACGAGAUUCCGGUCACAUUGCGACGGAUUACACAUAUUUACACACAUGGUAGGUAUUUUUGUAUUUAUGUUACAUCAUCGAAGCUGACACUAAGCAACUCGGCAAUCAGCACAUCGACACCGGCGAGCCGGUAUUACCAUCAGCAAGAGCCGCGCCUGUGCCGAAAUCAGGGAGAAAGAAGUAAAAAGUUAACAUAGAAUAACUAGCGUGCGCCCAGAAGUACAAUUGCUUGACCAUAGUGUGGAAAUGAGGAGACCGAAAAUGUUUGGUCUACUAUUUUGGCUACUCGAACUGACAUUGCUAUGCAUCAGCAAUGCGCAGGGUACCUUCGAAGAUGCGGAAACAUCAAAUGAUUAUACGAGUGGCAUUACACAUCAACAAUUCGAUCUGCGGCAUACAAUACCCGGUGAACCUGAUAUUGAUUACCCCGUCUAUAGCGAGGUGCCAAGUACGAGGUUUGAGUGUACUGGAAAACAUGAAGGCUACUAUGCUGAUAUGGAGACGCGCUGUCAGGUGUUCCGCAUUUGUGCUCAUACUUCCCGCACCAUACAUGGCUUCGGUUUCCUUUGCCCCAAUGGCACACUAUUCAGUCAGAAGAAUUUCGUUUGUGAUUGGUAUCGUAACGUUAAUUGCGAUGAAUCGGAGCAAUACUACAGCAAAAAUAAUGUUAAUCGUAUUGGCAGCAGUUAUGAUAUGAUGGAGAGGGUACGCCAAAUGAUGGAAUACCCCAUAAAGACGAUAUCACAAGCACUUAAAAGUUCCGCCGCACCACAAGCAACGCGUUCACAUAACACGCUUAAGAAACAAUUGGAAUUGGCAGAAAGCGGCCUGGAUGUUAGUGAGACAGACGCAGUGCAACAGUCUAGUCGCGAUAGUAGUCAACGCGCUUAUUUGACGCGCAAACAGGCAGUUACACGUGCGCAGGUCGAAUCUGUCUCGAAGAGUACCGGCGGUAAUCAGCAUACACAGGUGGAGGAUGCAGUUACUCAACAGCGUAAAAAGCUGCAACAGCAACGCCAAAUUCAACGCACCGAAACUAAGACUCCCAAUUCACAAAGUGGCGGAGUUGGAUCAACGCGCGGCACAGCACAGCAACCGCAGCAGGCAACGCGAGUGAGCCAAGCAAAGAAUGCUGCUAAACCAGAUGAUGAAGAUGUUUAUGUCAAUAGCCUGGGUGAAUUAUCCUCCGAUCCGGGUGUUAGCUUCGUGCAUGAGAGUGCGCGCAUUAUAGCGGAACCAACUAGUCGCCUAGGUAGUGAACAGAAACGUAAUUUUGCCGAAAAAGUGAAUGUUGCCUUGAAUGAUCUAACCGAAUUGCCCGCAAAAGAAAUUAUUGCACCGGAUUAUGUGAAAAACUUACGCCAAUCUAAUGAAGACCUAAUUUUGGCAGCCAACAUAAAUAACUUACUUGAAGAGGUUUCCGAUGAUUUGAAUCCUAGCAUUUCUGGGUAUCAAGUGCCCGCGCCACAGACGAAUAAAACCUCGUUCAGGUUUUUAAGUCGCGGUUUUUCAUCACAAAGUGAUCGGGCCAAGCGACCACACUAUGAGUAUGCGAAGCCAAAGCAGACGGCAAGUACGAUACGAUUUACGCCGAAUGAGCUGCCUAUCGAUGAUACCUACAAAGAUACCAAGAACACCAAAGAAUUCAUAACGCAAAAAGAAAACUCGAAUGGUUCAAAUGGAUCGACUUAUGAGAGCACCGAUGAGACUAUACAGUUCACUUUUAUGACAACCACGUCUACACCAAUAGAGCCAGCCGAAAUAGCAAACGAAGCAGCUGCGAAUCUUGCGACUAAUAUAGCUGCGGGCGAGGGAUUUAGCAAACCGCAUGAUUAUGAUACUACCACCGUAGGUCCAACAGCUACUACGACUACGGCUACGUAUGUGAAUCAGGAAAAAUAUUAUUUGAAUUCUGUCGGGACGGUGCCCAUGAAUUUGGAUUACAACUUCUUGAGCCCACCAGAAACAGAGUUGACAGAAAACGUUGAGACUACAACCGCUGACGCACCCACUCUGUAUGAGUUCGAGGAAAUCAUUAGUCCGGCGGAAGAAACGUCUGAUCUAAUGAUGAAUAGCACGCAAAUGCUGAAAGAUUUGGCUCAAACGAACACGACUACAGUGAGCGCAAUAUUAGCACAAACGAAAGAGUCCAGUUCAUCAGUCGACACAGACGACAGUCUUAUACAACAACUACUGUUUCCACCUAAAGAAGAUACGACAGAAAUUGCAAGCACUACGCAAGCACCCGCUGAACAGCAAAUGCAUAUAAAAACCUACCCAGCGAUACUGGAUGAGGACAAAUUAGAUGUGGAAAAUCAAGCGGCCAAGUUACUGCUGGCGGGUGUGAAAUUAACCCAACAUGUCACCAAUAAAGAUGAAGAGAAUACACAAAGAGCAAGCGGUUCCUAUAGCGCGAUUCUAGAUCCAAACUACGGUGAAGGCGGAGCCCUAUUCAUACAUGUUGAUGAUGAAACGGUGAAUGCGGCAAGUAACUCAAGUGGCGUUGCUGCACAGCCUACGAUGGAUGCCACGACAUCGUCAACCACAACUACAACUACAACCACCGCGCAACCUUUGACCAGCACCACUGUCAUAGCGAGCAUGAGCGAAGGCGGCAGCUUUCAGGAGCGUAUACGCAACUAUCGCCGUUUGGCUUCAAAACAGCGCGCCACCGCGAAACCAAUAGUAUAUGAGAAACGUACAAAGCUACAGAUACCUAGUAAGACAACAACAACGACUUCCCCAACUAUCAGCAGCAGCACCACCACACCUCGUAGUUAUUUGAAGCGCGUGGCCGCAAGUCGGUUACGUUUAUCGCGUCUAGCAGCAGCGAACAAUCGUACACUGGCUACUACAACAUCAAGCACAACAACUGCUGCGCCUAUUGUAGAAUACAAUAAUAGCAAUCAAAUUAGUAUUGAAUCAUCGCAAACGAGCAGGAAAAUCGCAGUACGCAACAUAGAUAAGGAGUUGGGCGGCGUUAGUGGUGGUAAGCGUUAUGACGCGCGCGGCAACUCCUUCGACGGCGACAGCACACAUAAGCGCGGCGCUACAACCACAACCACGUCAACAGCGGCAGAGGGCAGCACCAGCAUCGGCGCUUCAGUUAUUGAGAGCAUGCGAAAUAGUUUUAGACGCUUUCAAGCCAGCCGGAAGCCAAGCACUGAGCAGGUUACAAGUUUUAGUUCUCAGCACGCAGUGACUAAACCAACGCGCAGUGUUGUAUUGCGCGCGCGUAGUCGCUAUGACAAUUUUAAAAAGCAAACAAACGCGACAAGACAAACAAGUUCAACGACGACAACCACCACAGCGCCACCAGCGCAAUCAGUGUCUAUCGGUACUGGAACACAUGCACACAGUCCUACACCAAAUCUUGAUCAUUUACUAAAAUCUAUUACCUCCUCUGUUUCCUAUUCGACUUCUUCAUCUAAAAAUCAAGCACCUACCGUCGCGGUUCAAGCACCCCAAUCUAUUGUCACUUACUCAAUGUCUUCAUCCUCUGCCUCCACUGCAGCUCCUAUCACCGAUUCUGCUUCCUUUUCUUCUUCCUCUUCCUCUAUCACUACUCAUGGCGAAUCUGCAACUUUUCUCGACUUUGAAAAGCUAACACGCGCUAUUGUUGAUGAUUCCAUCUUACAGAAUUUCCAAAGUCAACAAGCGUCUAGCCAGCCGACUGUUGUUUACCAGUCAACACCAGCACAAACGCCACGCGCGCUUUCACUGAACAGUAAUGCGCGCACCGUUGGCAACUCGGUUACCCAAAGCUACAAUAAGCUGCCGCCGCAAGCUCCCGCUCAGCUAACGCCACCGCAGCGUCCACAACAUUUACUACCGAUUGUCAACUCGCAUGCACCGACUUCGCCGGCGCCGCGUAUUAUUAUUGCGCGCGCAGAAGGUCAACGUAUUCCACCUAAUUCAGUGUCGUCUAUUAUUUCGGCAUUGGCCACGCAGCCGCCACCCAAGCCAACACCAACUUCAUAUGUGCCAUUGGAUGACUUUCUCACAAAGAAGUUCGGGCAAACUGCUGCGAGUUAUACGAAAACUAACACACCAACGAACAAUAACAAUCAACAACAAACUGCACAAACUCAGCAACAACAACAGCAAUAUGGACAAACACAAAGCCAGCAACAAUAUUACUUUCAAAAAGCGCCUACUUCACCUGCCACAUUUGUUGGUCAAACACAACAACCACAAGCCCCAUAUCAACAAGUUGCAGCGAUCGCAUCAACUUACCUGGCAUCACCCCAACAGCAGCAGCAUUUCGGUCAGCAAAACCAACAAACGCUGCAGUUAGCGCAGCAGGAGCAGCUACAGCAAUUGCAACAAAUACAAAAGCAGCAACAACAGCAAUUGAAAGAGCAGCAAUUUUUCCAGCAGUUUACGAGUCCACAGGUGCAACAGCAACAAGCAGUUAGGCUGACACAGCCACAACAACAACAACAAUAUAACACUAAUAGAAUUUAUCAAACAUCACAACAACAACCAUUAUGGCAACAACAACCACAAAUAUUUCAACAAAAGCAAAAUCAGCAAUAUUCCACGCAACAAACGCACACUUACCUACAGCCAAAACAAACGCAACAACAUUAUCAGUCCCAGCAAACCACAGCAACUCAGUUGUAUUACCCACACCAGCAGCAACAGCAACAGCAGCAGCACCAAUCUGUGCAGCAAGUAUCAGCGGCUGCACAACAACAACAACAACAACAAACAUCACUUAUUCCACCCAGCUUCUUCAAUAACUUCAAGCAACAACAACAACAGCUUCCACAAUUCCCGCCACUGGGUAACUCAAUUACUAGCGCUCGCCCCGGCAACGCGCCACUGCCGCACCAACACCAGACACUUGACGAAUUCAACAAUAGCAUCGUACCACCUGAACACGACAACCAUCUGAAUAUUCAAUUGCCUGCACUCACAGCCGGCCUCAUACCGGCGCCUACCACGCCGGUGCUAACGGCGCAGCGACGCAUGGAUGUUGUGAGUGCUGUGAGUGAAGCUGAAAGCUCUAGCGCGCAUCAAAAACCAAGCAAUGCCUACAACGGCGUAAGUUCUUACGAUGUGCCACUAAGUAGCAUCGGCCGUCUGCCGAAUGACAUAACCCAGCUGUUGAGGCGAUUGCGGGCAAUUAAAUGAUGUUUUUCGCUAUUAAGAUGCAUAGGAAAAAGUGAGUUUUGAGAGGAAGGAAUACUAGAAAUACUUAGUUCAAAAUGCCUAACUUAGAUUUAAUAACUGUCACAAAGCAAUAGUACGUCAUUUUGAUGAUACCACAGAAUUUUUUUGCAAAAUUUAUUAAUUUAUUUUUUAUAUUCUUUUUUGGAACAUUUUCAUU